CCUUCCCGGGCCACCCGUUGGAGGCCCAUUCCAACUUGUGCUUCCACUGACCCACGAGACGCCGCCGGCGCUGGAGAGCUUCCUCAGCUCCUCGUCGCCGCCGCUCCGGUGCGCACUGCUGAACCCGCCCCGGCUCCCUCGGCUCGGUUCCCCCGCGCACCGCCACCCCCCCCCCCCCCCCACAAACCCGCGGCCGCGCGAGCAGUCCAGCGCCGUUCGUCCGCGCCUCCGCGAUCCGCGAGGCGCCCGCCCGUUCUCCACUAUCCAGGCCGCGUCUCCGACCCCGGCGCCGCCCCGGCCGGCCUACGCCCGGUGCCCUGUCGUUUCCCGCGUGGGACGCGCGGCGCCGGCACUCCGCGACGGUGAACGGCCACGGGCCACAGCGGCAUAGGAGCCAUCCCCAUUCCGUCGGCAGCGACUGGCAAAUGCUUCGUGCUGGAAGAAUUUGUUCAGGAUCUUAUGCACGCCUUGCUGUAUCCUCAUUACUGCUGGGUCCUCGAUGUUUGUUUGCUCGCAAAACCCCACACUGCUUGGACUGCGAGUGUCAUGGGACUAACCGAACAGGUGAUAAUAAUGCCAAAUUCUUGAGACCGCAGCUAAAUAUAGGUAGCCAUGGCGCUUGCUUUUCCACUAUUACCGAAACAGUUCUAGUCCAAGCUCGUGAUCCAUCUCAGCUAGCACUGGAGAUAGAGAAUGCAAUCGAUGAGCAGAGAUUUGCUGAUGCAUGGAGGGCUUAUGAGAAGCAUGUUCACAUGGAUGGACUUCCAAGAAAGUCCGUUUUGAGCAAGAUCAUCACUGGCUUGGCAGAGAGCUGUGAUGCUCACUGGCUUAACCAGUCCUACAAUGUGGUCAGCCAUGCAUUUGAAGAGAAGUAUGAAUUGUUGGAUAAGGAGCCCCUGAUUUACCUAUCUCUUACUCUUGCACGCAGUGCUCUGCCUAAUCUUGCUAUAAAUGUUGUGAGGAAGUUGGUAAAGAUGGAGGCAUACCCACCUGUUGCAGCAUGGUCGGCAGUUGUUGCUCAUAUGUGUCAAACCAACACUGGCUCAUUUCUAGCUGCAGACCUUGUAAUGGAGCUUGGUUACCUUUUCCAGAACAAUAGAGUUGAUCCGCGGAAGAAGAGCAACCGUCCUUUGCUAUCAAUGAAGCCCAAUUCACUUACAUUCAACAUUGUUCUGACUGCAUCCCUCUUGUUUGGUACUACAAGAAAAGCGGAGCAGCUUCUCGAACUAAUACCUCGGAUAGGGGUGAAGCCUGAAGUCAACUUAUUGAUUGUUAUGGCCCGCAUAUAUGAAAGGAAUGGGCACAGAGAUGAGAUUCAGAAAUUAAAGAGGCAUGUUGAUGAGGCCUAUGGUCUUAGCGAAUCAGAGUUCAGGCAGUUUUAUGAUUGCCUUCUCUCCUGUCAUUUGAAAUUUGGGGAUUUGGAUUCUGCAGUUGAUAUGGUGCUGGUUAUGCUAAGAAAGGGUAAGAAUGCAAAGCGAUCAUUGGAAGCAGCUAAAGCAGUUCUUGAAGCUGUUGAAAAUAGGAAACUUUAUUUGCCUUAUGAGAAAACUGAGGCUGACAUUUCAUGCUCUUCAGAGAAACCUAUAUCUAAUAGCCAAAUGCUAAGUUAUGUUUCAUUCUUCAAAGACAAUAGCUUUGCAAGACUUGAAUUGGAGGCAAGAGAAUUACUCAAGCUGUUAUCGGAUAAGCUACAGGAACAUGCUGGACUGGUGAAAUCUGAACAUGGUAUCCUCCAUCCAACUGAAACAAUGUACGCCAAGCUCGUUAAAGCUUUUCUGGAAGCAGAUAAGAUCAGUGCAUUGGCGUCGUUUCUCGUGAAAGCAAGCAAAGAAGAUUCUCCUGUGUCUGUUGAAAGGUCUUUUGUUGUUCAAGUGAUAAAUGUGUGCAUUUCUCUUGGGUUAUUAGAGCAAGCACAUGACCUUCUGGAUGAAAUGAGAUUCUCUGGAAUUAGAGUUGGUUCAUCCAUCUAUUCGUCACUCCUAAAAGCCUAUUGCAAAGAGGGCCAACAUGAAGAUGACAUAACUGCGCUUUUGAAGGAUGCUCAACAAGCUGGCAUUCAACUUGACACAAGCUGCUAUGAGGAUUUGAUACAAUCUAGGGUGAGUCAUCGUAACACCCCAGGUGCUCUCCAUCUUUUUAAAGAAUUGAAGAAUUCAAAUGUUUUGAAAUCUGGUCACAAGGAAUUUCAGACUUUAGUGCAAGGCUCUGAUGACAAUGAAGCUGUUUUGACGGCCAGGCUAGUGGAGGAAGUCAGAAGUGGUCAUAUGGUUGAUCAUGCUGUUCAUGACUGGAAUAAUGUCAUCCAUUUCUUCUGCAAGAAGAGAUUGAUGCAUGAUGCUCACAGUGCACUGAACAAGAUGCGAGCUUCUGGCCAUAUCCCAAAUGCACAAACUUUUCAUUCUUUAAUAGCUGCUUAUGCUGCCAUUGGUGGCAAAUAUGUGGAGGUGACAGACUUGUGGGGUGAAAUGAAAGUUCUGGCUGGUUCAAGCUCUAUGAAAUUUGAUCAGGAGCUCUUGGACUCUCUGUUGUAUUGCUUUGUAAGAGGUGGUUUCUUCCUUCGAGCCAUGGAAGUUAUAGAGAUGAUGGAAAAAAGUGAGAUGUUUAUUGACAAAUACAAGUACAAGUCCUUGUGGCUUAAAUACCACAGAACAUUGUACAAAGGUAAGGCUCCCAAGGUGCAAACAGAAGCACAACUAAAAAGGAGAGAAGCGGCGAUACAUUUCAAGAAAUGGAUAGGGUUGACAUGAGAGCAUAAGAUUCAAUACAUGCUCUGUGAUAUCUGAUCAUGAACUCUUUGAUUAUCUGCUGUAUGGAUGGAUCUUUACAAAUUCCUGUAAAUUGUAAUCGUGGAGUUUGUCAGAAGGUAACAUGAUUUUGUUUAGCAAUUUUGUGUAGUUUCUGCUAGAAGACUAGUAAUCAGAAACCAAACUAUGGCCCUGUUUGGAGAAAUAGCCAAGAGUUAUUUUGAGGGCUAAAGUUUAGCCCAAGAAAAUAACCAUCGAGUUGUUUGGAUCCAAGGGCUAUUUGACUCAUAAAGCACUUUCCAAUCA